AUGAAAGUUGCAGAUUUGAUUGUUGAUGGUAAGUGGCUAAUUCCUCCUAGAAUGCUUCAAUAUUUUCAAGUGGAAGAGUUACCCGUUAUUUCAAAAACAAAUGAUACUAGAGUCUGGACUGGAACUAUGUCAGGUGAUUUCACUGUAUCCUCAGUUGUAGAAUGUAUAAGAGAGCAUUAUCAGAAAGUGACAUGGGAAAGAUAUGUUUGGAAUCCUACACUUCAUCCAACAACAGCAAGAAAUGUAUGGAAGAUAGUGAGGGGCAUAUGUUCAACUGAUGAAAAAGGGAAGAGUAAAGGAUACAAUUUAGCUUCAAAAUGCUAUAUGUGUGGUGCUGAUACUGAUAACCUUGUAUAUAUAUUAUGGUAUUGCAAUUUCAGUCAGUUAGUAUGGAAGUGGCUAGGAGGAAUCUUCUUGUUCUGCAAUCCAGAAUCAUAUGAAGAUGUUAUGAAUUUUUCCAAACAUAAGAGUGGAGCUGUAAAAGAUAUCUGGUUACUUGUUGCUUCCAUUACAAUAAUGGAACUAUGGUUCUUAAGGAACAAAAUUUUUUUUGAAGAAGAGAAAGUAGACUUGGGGAAAUUCAAGAGAAGAAUAAUACAGUACACAAAAGACUAUGCGGUGAGAAUAAAGAGCUUCAUGUGGGACUGUAACUAUGAUUACAUGGUUUUUAAGAAUUUUGAUCUGAAACAUCAACCAAUAGAGUCUCAAAGGAUUAUAGAAGUGAGAUUCUUAUUACCUGCAAGAAACCAAAUACUCAUAUGUUGUGAUGGAACAUCUAGGGGUAAUCCAGGUGCAGCAGGAUGUGGUUUUGUUUGCAGAGAUGGUAAGGGAGUUUUUAUAUAUGCUGAAGCUACGGGCCUGGGGAUUGCAACUAAUUACAUUGCAGAAUUAACGGUUAUUACAGGUGCAGCUGAAUGGGCUAUACAGAAUAAUAAGAUUGACAUAUGCAUCAACUCUGAUUCUAAAGCAGUAGUGAAUGCAUAUUCAUCUGGAAGACUGCCUUGGUUUAUGCAGGCAAAGAAGGGUGCAGGCUUGGUGAGAGGGGGGAAACUCUGUUUCAAUACAAAGCCUAGUUUCAUCCAUGCUCUGGAAUCACCUGAGCAAAUUUAUUAUAGAAUUUAUUGA